AUGCCUCCCCGACCUUCAUAUACGAAAUCUGCGCGAAAACACGUCACAACUGCGUGCAAUCCAUGUCGAGAGGGCAAAGUCAAAUGCGACGGUGUUGCCCCCGUCUGCAGGAAUUGCAGAGUAAAGGGCAAGAAAUGCAGUUAUCGACAAGCGGAUGAUAAACGCAAGAUUCCGUUGCGGAUCACAAUCGGUGUCCUUGCUAGGCGAAUAAACCAGCUUUCUCGAUUUAUCCAGGAUCACGAAUUGGAAGUUCCACCGAUGCCAGACACGGACUAUUCGACAAUCAGGGGUAUUUUUGAGGCAUCCGAGCUAGUGGAGCUCGAGGCACUGUCGGGUAGAGAGAAAGUUGGUGGACUGGGAACUUCUAUAGCUCGCGCUAGCGUGCGAGAAGUUCUGGAAGCUGAAGGACGCAGACCCGGGGUCACUCCUGACGAUAAUAUUGCCAUUGCCCUUCAGACCCCUUUGUCGGGACCAGCUAGCGAAGAAACGACUAUUGCUCAGGGGUUACUGCCCCCGAUAUCUUCGGUAUAUCCUCCUGACGCCCCGAACCGGGCUUCCGACGAACCUGUUGCGGACGAAUCUCAGAACAUUGUCUCUACACUUAUAGAGCUCGCUGAUGCAGGUCAUUUCCAAACGGCUACCAGGGCACCGGUUAUUGAAACCGAUCCUUCCGACAGCAACGAAGAAGAAGAGGAGGAAGAUGAAGUCACGAACCAGCUUUCGUGCCGUUUGGGUAAACUGCAGGUAACACAUGACGGACAACUGAGAUAUUUUGGUUCGACAUCAAAUUUUACACUGCUAGAUAUCCUGGUUGACAUUACCCCUUCUACUCCUGCGUCUAUUCAGAAAAGCACGCAGGAGACUCUGGACAAUGCAGAUCUUGGUUUAACCGUAGACGAGUCAUUUGAGAAACAUAUGCUCCAGCUUUACUUUGCCUGGCAUGAUCCAUGCUUGCAUGUAGUCAGUGAAGAGAUAUUUUGGCGGUCGAGAACGCGAAAAAUACAUGAUGGUGUUGAUACGCCGUACUACUCGCGAGCCUUGGUUGACGCAAUGUGCGCAGUCGGUGCUGCAUAUGAACCAAAGCAUCAUCCAGACUUUGUAACGUUCCCUCGAUCCCUCUCUGAGUUCUUCGCCGAUAGGGUGAAGAUUCUGCUCGAGUCGGAGUUGGAAAACCCAACCCUAGCAACUAUUCAAACGUUAGUCAUUCUAAGCGCCUAUGAAGCGUCAUGCACCAGGGAUACUCGGGGAUGGCUUUACAGUGGAAUGGCCAUGCGCCUCGCAUCUGACCUUGGACUGCACCUUGAUAUGGCGCCGUAUGUUGCUCGCGGCACAAUUCCGUCCGAGAAUGCCGAAGUGCGCCGUAUAACCUUUUGGGCUGUAUACAUGAGCGAACAGUUCUGGGGAUACUACCUAGGCCGACCUACUCGAAGUCCCAUGGAGGGAGUUACAGUUUCAAAACCAGGAUGGAAUAGCUCUCUUCCUCCGGAAAAGUGGAAACAGUACGCCUCCCCGCAUUUAUCCAGCACCAAUAUGGCGAAUCUUCCCAAUCCACUCGGGUUGGUAUGCUACCAAUGGGUGUCUCUAUAUGACUGUAUGAUACCCCUUACGGAUGUUUUAUAUGGGUGCUGUGAGAUAUCCAAACACCGACUCCAAGAGCUCACCUUCAACACGGUCGAGAGCCUGCGACUGUGGAAAGCGAAUCUCCCAGGGGAGCUUGACAUUUAUGAAAUAACCCAUUACUUGCAACCUCUCCCCCACGUCCUAGCUCUCCACAUGCAAUACCAUCAGUUAAUGAUCCACUGCCACCGUCCUUAUAUAUCUAGGAAUCAUAUUCAACCGCAAAAGCCGCCGCAGGGCCCUGGGUCCUCUCACGCCAGGACGAUGUGCGUUGAUUCUGCAACAUCCAUAUCCAACAUUCUCACCCUGUACGAGCGGUAUUACACUUUCCGACGUGCGAACUUUCAAAUUGUCUCAUUUAUCUUCUCUGCUGCACUGAUUUUGAUUUUUGCUAUGGACCCAACGGGACAAGGUGAGCAGGAUCGCGGAUUAGUAGCCCACUUGAGUACCUGUUUUCGGGCGUUAGAUGAAAUGGGCGUCCAGUUUGAGAGUGCGAAGAGGACGAGUACGUUCCUCAGUGCCUUACAACGCGAGUGGUCUAGUCGGAGACGGAACGUGAUGAGCAGGGGAGUGAAGAGGAAGUUUGAUCCUGGUGCUUAUGAAUCGCAGAGUGCGGAGUCGCUGGUGAACCAGAAUCAGACAAUUCAUGAGGCCGGAUCAGGCAUCUGGGGCGGAGACUCGGGCGAAGUGCCACCUUACGCGCUCGACUUUAUGGAGCCAGAUCUGUGCAAUAUCCUGCUGAGCGAAGGGAUUCCUCGGUCCUUUAUUUAG